AAGAAGAAAGAAAUAGAACUAGUAAUUCUGCUAUUUCAGAACUUAUUGAAACUUUUGAAGAUAAUAAUAAUAUUUUUUUUCUUCAAUUUAUUAUGCAUUUUAUUACAUUUAAUAUGCAACAAUUAGUCAAUGAUAUUGAAUUUUUUAAAAUUCAUGAUAAACCUUUAGCAUCAUUUCUUGCAACUAGAUUAAUAUUAGUAAGAGCAAGAUUGUUUUCUGGAGUUGAGAUUCCACCUAAAUCAAAUGAGAUGAUAAAACUUUGUGAAGAUUUUAAUCUUAAUUCUACUAUUCAUAAUUCUUUUUUUAAAGAAGCAUUUCAACUUGCCUUAGACAAAUUUGACAAACAUAUU